CCAUAAGUAGCGUGUUCCCAUUCUUUUCCGUUUUUCAUAUCCUGAUUUCUCACGAUCUUCCUGCUCUUUUCCCGCGCUUUGGAUAGUCUUGUGCUCGAAUUUUCUCGACUCAAUUUCGCUGGAAAUAGUGGCACAAUGGCAGAUUCUGAAGCUGCUCAGCAUAUUCAAUUUGACGAUGCGAUAUACCGAGUUCGGACGGCUGGUAGUUCCAGAGUCUUCAAGAAAGAGGGAAUGACGCCUUCUCUUUCUGAGAAACCUACGAGCUACGAUGAAGAAGGGCUGAAUGCUGCUCAGAUCGCAGAUGAAGAUCUGAACCGCAAGAAAAAACAGACUUACACAGGCUGGAUGCUCAUAUGGCUUGCGUAUCAAAGUACCGGUGUGAUCUACGGUGAUAUUGGAACGAGUCCGUUAUACGUCUACUCGUCUACUUUUACUUCGCAACCAUCAUAUGAUGAUCUCGUGGGGGCUCUAUCUAUCAUCAUUUGGACCUUGACUCUGAUGGUUACGGUCAAAUACAUGUUCAUCGUCCUUGCUGCAGACGACGAUGGAGAAGGCGGUACAUUCGCACUCUACAGUCUACUUGCGAGAUUUUCGAACAUUGUUAAGAGAGAUCCCAAUGUUGCUGGGACUAUGAAGAUCGCGCGCCAUAACACAAACGACCUGAAGCCUUUGAACAAGGGGGUAAGAAAUUUCAUCGAAAGCUCCCUUGCAGCUAGAGUUGCAUUGAAGAUUCUUGGCGUCCUUGGUGUUGCAAUGGUUAUGGCAGAUGGCGUUCUCACUCCUGCCCAGUCAGUCCUCGGUGCAAUCCAGGGUAUCGAAGUCGCCGCACCCAAUAUAUCCAGCUCUACUAUCAUUGGUGUCUCUUGUGCUAUCCUUGUCAUACUGUUCGCUGUUCAGCCAUUCGGGACCAGCAAAAUCGCGAGCUCUUUCGCACCAAUCGUCAUAGUCUGGCUCUUGUUCAACUUGUGUUCGGGCAUCCACAAUCUUUGCAAGUUCGAUUACACUGUCCUCAAAGCUUUCAGUCCUUACUUUGCCGGUUCAUACCUUGUAAGGAAUAAGGAAGAGGGAUGGAGGUCUCUUGGCGGGCUUCUGCUUGCCUUUACUGGAGUUGAAGCCCUGUUCGCAGAUCUUGGAGCUUUCAGCAAGAGAGCAAUUCAGCUUUCCUGGCUUUGCUUGGCAUAUCCUUGUCUCCUCUUGGCUUAUAUCGGCCAGGCUGCUUUUAUCUCUCAGGAUGCGACUGGGACGGCUUAUACAAACCCUUUUUUCAAUACUGUGCCUCCGGGAAGCUUUUACUUCAGUCUUGUGAUUGCUAUCCUUGCAGCUAUUGUUGCAAGUCAAGCGAUGAUUACAGGGGCUUUUCAACUGUUGACUCAAGUCAUGAAUCUGUCCUACUUCCCACAUAUCAAGGUUGUUCACGUAUCAAAGCACUUCCACGGUCAAGUGUACAUCCCGCUUGCCAAUUGGCUUUUUAUGAUCGGAACCGUCAUCGUCACAGCUGUCUACAGCAACACCACUCGACUUGGUAAUGCUUAUGGUGUAUGUGUCAUUUUCGUCACAUUCAUCACCACCUGCUUGGUAUCUUUGGUGGCCAUCAUAAUCUGGCGUAUCAACAUCUUCAUCGUCAUAUUCUUCUUCCUAGUAUUCGCCUGUCUCGAUGGUGUAUAUCUCAGCUCUGCCCUUACCAAAGUACCAACUGGAGCGUGGUUCACUUUGCUUCUUGCCGCUAUCCUCUCCUUCGUCUUCGUCCUCUGGCGUUUCGGCAAAGAAUCCCAAUGGAAAUCCGAAGCAACCGAUCGGUUCCAACCCUCCGAACUCCUAACCACAACUGCUUCCGGAGAAGUCCAACUAACCUCUUCCUUUGGCGGCUCAACCAUCACCUCCGUCAACGGAGUCGGCAUCUUCUUCGACAAAGUAGGCAACAUGGUCCCCAUCGUCUUCACGCAAUUCGUCCGAAAAUUCUCUGCCCGUCCCAACAUCAUCGUAUUUUUCCACAUGAGACCACUCUCUGUGCCCUCCAUCCCAGAAAGCGAACGAUACGUCAUCCAACGUACUUCCAUCCCCGGCUGCUACCGCAUGACUGCCAGACACGGCUACACAGACCCGAUCGUAACUCCCGACCUAGGAAGAGUCAUAGUCGAACACCUCACCCUGUUCAUCACCCGCGACCACACAUCCUCCAACUCCUCCGCCAGCUCCGUCGAGCACUCACCCGCCGUGCAAUCGGAACUCGAGGUCAUAACCAAAGCCGCAGAAGCGCAGAUGGUGUACAUAAUGGGCAAAGAACAAAUGAAGAUUAAGCAGGGCACUAAUCUUUUGAGGAGGGGCUUGUUGUGGUUAUUUUUGUGGAUUAGAGAGAACAGCAGGACGAAGAUGGCGGAUAUGAAUAUUCCGUUUGAUUCUUUGGUCGAGGUGGGGUUUGUUAAGGAGAUUUGAGGAGGAGGGGAGGGGAGGAGGGUGAGGGAGGAACAUCAUGCCGCACGAAGACUGAUGGUUUUGGGUAGUUAUAAUGAGCAGGAAUAAUGAUAUACCCCC